CUGUCAGUACUGCCAGUGAUUUUCUGCAGAGAAGAUUUAGAUUUGAAGUCGAGUCUUUGAUCUGUUGCCCUUGAGAUGCUGGAUAUAUUAGCCUUGCCAUGAUGUAAAGAAGACAUUAUUUGACAGAGAAGCCUUCGCACUUCACGGUCUGGUUGUUCAUAAAAGCGUCACUUGAGGUAAGAUCCUCGCGGUGAAGCGGACAAAUUCCUCUGGACCUUCCAGCCCCGCCCCUUCAACGCUGCUUCUGUUUUUCACGUAAAAGGGGGGCGUAGUAAAUUUAAGCAAAAGGAAGCUAUCUUUGCGCCGGCUGUCAGUCCAGUCACCAGUUACAGCUGUAUGGUGUUUGCCAAGCAAGUAUCCUAGCAAUGAUUUUGUGUUUUUAUAGCGUAAAUUACACGAGAAACGUAAAGACUCGGUGGUAGGUGAAUACUGUUAUGUGGAGAGAGUGAAGAUACGCGUUUAGCUAGCACAUCACAGUCAGUCGUUUUGUGGUUAAAAGGACUUGAAAUAGGUUUUUAUUUUCACUUCACGGGGUAACGGCAGCUAAAAUAAUGCUAAAGCUGUUUUUAAGACAUGCCCGUCGCUUUCCGUGGGUUACCAACGUGACACUGUACGGCUGCCUGUUCGCCGGGGGGGACUUCGUCCACCAGUGGUUCUCCGGGAGGGAGACCAUCGAGUGGAGACAAACACGGAACGUCGCGGUGGUCGCGUUUAGUUUCCAUGGCAACUUCAAUUUCUUCUGGAUGCGUUUCCUGGAGAGGAGAUUUCCCGGGAACUCUAUCGGGAUGGUGAUGAGGAAGCUGUUCCUGGACCAGACGACGGCGGCGCCCCUCGCCACCAGUGUCUUCUACACAGGUGUCAGUUUCUUGGAGGGCAAAGAAGACAUCUUGGAAGACUGGAGAGAAAAAUUCCUGAAUACUUAUAAGACAGGGCUAAUGUUCUGGCCAUUCAUGCAGUUUCUGAACUUUGCCUUGGUGCCUCUGUAUGUGCGGACCACCUUCACUGGCUGCUGUGCCUUCAUCUGGGCCACUUUCUUGUGCUUCUCACGUCAGACCGGUGACGGCACAGCUGGUGCUGCGCUGGCGUGGAUGUUCCCUCAUAAAGAAGAUGAUGCCGAAUACACUAAAGAGAAAGUAGACCCAGAAGACAAGGUGGAUGCCCCCAGCAAAGGGGCAAGACCAUGUAAACCCACACAGUAGCAGAGUCAGUCGCUUUUAUGGAAGGCGACAGAACGUCAGCUGGACUAGUGGACUGCGGUCUAACUCAGCUGAUGUUACACUAACACUGCCAAGGUCACAGGUCGAAGACUCGGUGAGAUAAGAGUGAAAGUGCUGAAAAAAAUUCCAGCAUCUUGAAUGUAUAUGCAGAAUAUUUUAUUAUUUAUGCAGUAUAUUAGCUCUGUGGGAAAACAUUCGGAUCUAUCCUUCCAUACCACAGUGA